AUGGCGGAGCCCACCGUGUGCUCCUUCCUCACCAAGGUGCUGUGCGCGCACGGCGGCCGCAUGCUCCUGCCGGACCUGCGCGCCCACGUGGAGCUGUCGGAGGCGCGGCUGGGCGCGGUGCUGCGCCAGGCGGGGCCCGACCGCUUCCUGCUGCAGGAGGUGGCGGUGCCCGCGGGGCCCUGGGACCCCGAGGCCGAGGUGGCGGCGGGCGCGGGCGGCGCGGGCGGCGGCCCCGCGGCCUGGCGGGUGGUGGCCGUGUCCUCCGCGCGCCUGUGCGCCCGCUACCAGCGCGGCGAGUGCCAGGCCUGCGCCCAGCUGCACCUCUGCCGCCGCCACAUGCAGGGCAAGUGCCCGCACCGCGACUGCUGGUCUACCUGUACCCUUUCCCAUGAUAUCCACACACCUGUCAACAUCCAAGUGCUGAAAAACCAUGGGCUUUUUGGCCUCAAUGAGGCCCAGCUUCGGAUUCUGCUCUUACAGAACGACCCCUGCCUUUUACCAGAGGUCUGUCUGUGCUACAACAAAGGGGAAGCCCUGCAUGGCUACUGCAUCCUCAAGGACAAAUGCAACAAGUUUCACGUGUGCAAGUCCUUCGUCAGGGGGGAGUGCAGGCUUCAGAAAUGCAAACGGUCCCACCAGCUCAUCCAGGCGGCAUCCCUGAAGCUGCUGGAGGACCAAGGACUGAAUGUUUCCAGUGUCGUCAAUUUCCAGAUCAUCUCUACCUACAGGCACGAGAAGCUGCACAAGAUGCUGGAAAAUAAAGAUAAUUCAGCUGCUUCUGUGGAGCACUCCCAGGGCCUUGAGAAGCAAGGAAGACCAGCUCCUGGGGCUGCAGAAGCCCGUCCCCCGGCUUCUGCCCCUGCCCAGGCGGCCAAGAAGCCAAGCGCAGCUGUUUUGAGAAAUAAUGGACACAUAACAUGUGGAAAUUUAAGGUGUGCAAGGCUAUGA